CAGUUGCGGAGGUUCUGCAAAAAGAGGGAAGAUGUCACUAUGUUGUGGGAACAGUUAGAUGAUCUGGAAAGGAAAAUAUUAGAGAAAGAUCAAGCCUUAAAAUCUGCAGAAGAUUCCCUUAACCAGAUGAAGGUGGCCAAUAUGCAACUUGAAGAAUUAAAGCGUCAGAUUACAGAAAAGGAUUCAUUGAUCAAGUCUUCCAGUUCCCAGUUAUCUAAUGCUCAGAUUAAGCUGGCAGAGAAGCAAGCUGCUCUGGAGAAAUUAGAGUUGGAAGCAAAGGCAUCAAAUGCGAAGGUCGAAGAACUCCAGGCAGACUUGGAUAGUUGUUUUGAAGAACUUUCAAAAUGUGACUCUGAUGCGGAUCCUGAUGAUGUAACAACAUUUCAUCAAGUAGAUCGCCUUCCACACAUGGAUGAUCUUGAUCUUGAUCUUGAUGAGGACACAAUUGAGAAGAUUGAAGAGGCGAGAUUGGCUUAUGCAGCGGCACUUGCUGCUGCAAAGGAGGACCCGGGCGAAGAAUCCUUAAUAAGUUUAGCUGAGGCACGUAUCAAGCUUCAAGCUUUUGAAUUAGAGUGCAUCUCACUAACUCAGACUUAAUAGUACUUGACUUGUAAUUUAGACUUAGCUCCAGGAUUUGGUCAUUUUGCUUUAACAUGAAUCUAGUGUUGUUGAGGUUAUCUCUAUUCAUUUUAUUGUUGCAAGCUUUGCUAGGGGUGUAAAUGAUACAUUACCACUUGAGCUCAAGCAAUUUGUUUCA